CCGGAUGACGGUUAACCGCAAGACGCAAAAAGACCGAAAAGAUGGAUGAAGACAAAGUGGUAGGGGAAAAGUCUCCAUCCAAAGGAAGACGCAGUGCUAGAAAGCGCAGAAGAAGGGAAUCAUACUCUCCAGAGCUCAAACCUUCUGAUGCCGAAAAGAAGAAAAAGACAGAUCAACCUUAUAAGACCUUGCCCAACAGGCCUUAUGACAUGGUCAAUGGUGAGCCAUUUUCCUGCCACAUGUGCAAAUCUCCGUUUGUUGUGAAUCUCAAGAAGUCUGGAAAGAAGGGGGGAAGAUCUCGGCACAUGCCACUGCCCAAAAUCCGCAUUGACAAGAACACAAACCAGGAAAUGCAGCUUUGUAAUGCCUGUGUUGCACUGUAUGAUAAGCCUCUGAGAAGGAGAAUCUCCAAGCCGGUUGAUGUACCAACAGAAGAACAACAGACCAAAUACAAGGAAGGUAUAGAGGAGUUCAUAGCUGAGCUGAAAAAUGAGUGGAGUGAUCCCAGGGUUGAAAAGCUCUAUUGUCCCCCAAGUCAAAAGAAAUUGUGUGGCUGUUUACAGAAAUUCAUAAAGACAUCAGUGAAAUCUGACCAGAAGCAUGAAGUUGACUUGCUGCUUGAUCUGAUGAAGGAAGCUGAGAAACUGAGACAGGAAAAAUGCUAUGUCAUGCCAGAAAACCAAAAAACCAGAGUCUCAGUAGGUUUGGGCAAUGGUCAGAAGAAGUCCAAGCGUUUUGAGGAUUUUGUGAUUAUCCAUCGUCAGAGGCUGCGGGAAGACAUGAGACUUUGCGAGCGCGCCACACAGAGGAUACUCAUAUACUCCAAUAACUUCCUGCACAAACGCCUUAAAACGGACAAUAGGCCGUGUCGUAUAGAGCGUACCCGUGGUAAGGCAAUUCUUGGCAAGCUGCCAGAUAUUGAGGCUAUGAUUGACAUGUACUGCUGUGCAGAUAGCUGUGUAAUGCUGGCUCUGACCCACCGCCGCCUGCUUCAAGAUUGGAGGACCCGGGCACAGCAAGGCCAAGCUGAGGCAAGGAGGGUGCUAGCUGAGAUGCUUACACCAGCAGGAGCGACCCACUUCAACUGUAACACGUUCAUCACCAUGGUUACGGGCUGUUCCAACUCAACAAUCACGAAGGUGUGUAACCACAUGACCUUGACUGGAGGGAUAAGGGACCCACCAGAGCAUGGGCUCAAGAAGUACUGGCAGGAACACUUUAAGAAAGCAGGGACCAGGUCGGAAAAUACUGAGACUCAAGAUGCUGAAAUCGCAGAAGGAAGUGGGAAAAGAAAGAAAACUGUUUCUGAGCAUCCUUCCAAAAGCCAGUCCCCGCCAGCAGUGUCUCACCCCCCUGCUGUGCCAGCAUCUACAGGUCACAUGGUGGUACAAGGUCGUGCACAGACACACACCUCUAGGGAAUCUGAGUUGCCAUCCAUGCAGGUUAUUCCAAAUUCAAGAAACAGUUCCCUGACUGGUCAACAGAUUCUCAACCAGCCUGUCAAAAUACCUCUUACAAACAAAGAUGUUGAUUUGAAUCCACCAAUGAUGGAUCACUCAAACUUUCAACUUUUCAUGCCUCCCCCACCCAAAUAUAGGGAGAAUCUGUCAUACACAAAUAAGCUUAGGGAAAUGAGUAGAAAUAUGACAUUCUCAAUGACAUCACAGCCUAUGACACCACACCUGGUGACAUCACACCAUGUGACAUCACAUCAGAUGACAUCUCUUCCUGUCACCACUCUAUCUAUGACAUCACUCGCUCCCCAGGCAAAUAUGAGCAAUUAUGGGCUUAUUCAUCCUAUUGUACAGCAGCAAAUUCAAAACAAUCAAAGUCAGAGUUUUGUUGAUCAACACUUGUCUCAUCUCCAACAAAUGCAGUUACAAUCUCCAGUUGAAAUAGUGCAGAGAGCAAACAUCAUUGAAAGUCAACCUCCUAUGGUUCCGACUCUGGUUCAGCAGAUGACUUUGGACCCAAGUCAAAGUUACCAGCUUGUCACUGACCAGGGGGUGUUUAAUAUUGAAUCAAUUGUACCGGUCCAAAAUAAUUCCAAACAGACUUUGCCAAAUUCUCAAGUUGUUCAACAAAUAAGCAUCGAUGCAGGGCAAAGUUUUAUACCACAAAGUGUUCAGCAUAUUGUUAGUAAUGUACCAGAACCGAUUAUGCAAGAUAAUAAUCCAUCUUGUGUUUAUAGGCCUGUUCCCGUAUUUGACAAUGCGACAGGCCUGACACAAAUUAUGUAUGUCUUGGACAAUGGUGAAAUAAACCGUGCUUCUUCAGUUGAAUCAGAUUUGGGGGGAAAUAUUCCCUUGAUUGUUUCAGCACAUGAAAAUGAAGUGAAUAAUGCAGCCACUCAGUUGUCAAGGAAACCAAAUAUUGUUGAAGUACAUCAACAUGAUGGUAGUAGUCAAUCCAUCCCAAGUCAUACUAAAAAUACCAGAGAUCAAAUUGUGAAUCAUAUUCCUCCCUCUUCAAAUCCCCUACCAUCUCAUAUUCACAUAAGCUAUGAAACACAGAGCAGCGAUAAUGUGCAACAAGUAAUUCAGCAGUUUAACAUUCCUGAGUCUGCAGGUGUGGUCACUCUACCUUUCAUCCCUCUAUCAGGUGACAUUGUGACAGGUGAUGCUGGUGAACAAGUUCCUAACAAUGUCACUAAAGCUUCAAAUAGGGCAAACACUCCUGGACCAAGUGUGACAUUUAAAGACCAGUCAGACAAUUUCAAACCUGUUUCUUUAACAAAAGAGAACUUGAAUGAGAAUUUAGACUCUAUAAAGGGUGAAAUGGAUUCGAAGAAAAAGAAAAACUAUGAUACAACAAUGAGACGAGUUAAAUCAAGAAAUGUUAGUGGAAGUUCUAGAAAAUCAAGAAAUCCUAGUGGUGUUUCUAAUAGCUCUAGAACUUCGGUAAUAAUGUCACAUGUAAGCAAAAAGCUACACCUCUUUCAAGAAUCCAUGCAUGAGAGCCAACAUGGUCAAAAACUGUCAAGCUCAAGAUCCAGGCAAGUUAGUGGAAAUUCUGAAACGGGAGACAGAUCGAGAAAAUCAAGUGGUAAUUCGUUAAUAAGUGAAACUUCUAGCCUUCCAUUUUCUAAUCUUUCCUCUCCUAAUAUAUUUCUUGAUAAAGAAAAGGGGAUUUUCUUUAUUCAGUCAAUUGAUGGAAUGGAAAUGUGUGAAAUUGAAGCAAGUCCAAGUAUUGAAGAGAUGAUCAGGGUUGCUGAAAGUGAUGCUGGAAAUAUUCCACUGGGUAGAAUGGAAUAUAGGCCUCAUUCACGGACUGGUCUACUUGCUGAAAGUGACAUGGCCAAUCAACAGGGGAAGCAUGACUUUAGGCCUCUAAUUCAGACUGGUUUAGUUCCUAGGAGUGAUAUUGUAACGAAUCAAGUGCAGAAACUGGAAUAUAGGCCACUGUCUCAGACUGGUUUAGUUGCUGAUAAUGAGUUGAUUAAUCAAAAGUAUAGGCCACAAAUACAGGCUGAUACAGAAACUGGUAGUGUUGCCAGUCAACCUGAAUAUGUGGCACAAAACCAGACUGGUUUAUAUCAAGACAGUGAAACAACCUGUCAGCAUGAAAGGCAGGGAUAUAUGUCACAUAUAAAGACAGGUAUUCAAUCUGGCAGUGGCAUACAUGUGGAAACCAGUCAAUCUUCGAGGCAAGAGUACAGGUCACAUACAUGUACCAUGAAUGUUUUAGGAAGUGAGAGAGACACAGUUACUGGUCAAUCAGAGAUCAUACAUGAUUAUAAACCACAAGAGAAUAUUAGUACAAAAGCUGAUAGUAAAGUUGAGAGUUCUGAACAUAGACCUAAGAAAGGUACAGGUCUGGCUUCUAAAAGUUUCAUUGUAAAAGACAAACAUGAAAAUAAAUCACAGACAAUGGCAGGCAUGGGUUCACAAAAGAAUGCCAGAGCUACUGGCAAAACUAAGAAAAGGAACAAUAAAGUUACUUAAAAGUGUAUUCAAUGAACAAGAAUACUUUUAAAAAAACGAAAAAGAAAAGAUAAAAGAUUUUAUUAAGAAUACAUUAGCUCUUCAAUAAAAAAUAAAUUUUCAAACCAUAAAAUUGGGAAUUUCAAAAAAGUAUAUUUUUAAGAAUAGGGCUGAAUUUCAGCCACGAAUUGGUCAGAAUAAACAACAUGUUUAAAGAUAUCCUGCAUCUCUUAUAUAUGAGGAAUACAAUAUGAUAUGAUAUCUUUUAUAAGAAAUAUAUUGAUACUUCGACAGUUUUUGAAACAGUUGUUGAAUGAACUUGGAUUUGCAUAUUUUUAAAAAAUGUAAAAUUAACGAAUUUACAGAAAGAAGCUGUUGUUAGAAAAUUAUAUGAUAUAUACUUGCAACAUUAUUUUGCGAUUCAUUUUUUUUCUUUUGUAUCGAUAGCAAUAAUUUAAGGAUGUUAAUAGAUUUUGAUGUUGAGAACACGACCUUACUAUUCAAGAACAAAGAUAUAGAAUUAUAGACCAAAAAGAUAGAAAAUGUUAUAUGAAUAUUAUAGUAAAUGAAUACUUUUUGUUAGUGUGUCCUCUUUAUAAAAUUAUAACCAGAUAUUAUUUGAACUGGCCAAAUUUGACACAAUUUAACAACUUGUCUUAUGUUGAUUAUAAAAUAUUAAAUAAUAUUGCUUCUUAUUUGCUAGAGAUAGAAGAAAUGGAUAUGUUCAAAUAUCUGCCCAUAUAAUCCUGGUUUAUACUUUUCUCCUCAUGAUAAGACGUUGUUGUAAUGAUUUCAUAUUAAUAUUUUGUCAUUGAAUGACACCUUGUAUGUUCUUUGUGGAUUUGUUAUGUUCUUGUUGAAUACACCACCUUGUAUGUUCUUUGUGGAUUUGUUAUGUUCUUGUUGAAUACACAAAUAAAACUUGGACUUG